UCAUAUGUAAAAUGAACAUAGCUACUGAGUAGAAAAAUUCAACAAUGCAAACGCAGCUGAUUUCUGAAUUGACCACACCAACAAAAUUACCAUAAACAGUGCAUAAUAAUAUAAAUUUUUCAUAACAACGUAAAUUAUGAAACGAAGAAGGUCGAAAAGUUAUAAAAUUUAAAAAGUGUGUAAAUGUUAAUGUAAUUUAUGAAAUAACAAAAAAAGCAAUGACUAUUUGAAUACACAUUUGUGUAAAUUGAAGAAUUUUGUUUUGAAUGUACGAAAUAUUGACGAGUUUCAACGGAGAAAUUGAAGAAGAAAUUAUAAGAUAUAAAAUAAAGUUGUCAACAAAAAAAAGGAGACUUUCUGUUAAUGACGUCACAUUAACUCUAUUAUGAUAUUUGGAAUCAUUUUAGCAGAUAUAUAUAAGGAAAUAAAGAAACGAUAAUAAAUAGUUUACAAGAUGAUGCAAGGAAUUGAGGGCAAGGUUGUUGUUUUGGGCUCGAGAGGUGUUGGUAAAACCCAUCUGGUGACGAAGUAUCUAAAAAGACAACUUUUGAAAGACAUAGGCCCAACUAUAUCUGCCACAUUUUUUACAUGCAAAGUAGUAAUGGAUAAUGUGAAAGUGAAGCUCCAAAUAUGGGAUACCGCUGGACAGGAACGAUUCAAAGCUGUUGCACCGAUGUAUUAUCGCAAUGCCAAUGCAGCUAUUCUAGUCUUUGACUUGACACAGUAUAAAAGUUUUACCGAAAUCAAAAUUUGGAUACAAGAACUACAUCGGAACGUACAAGAUCCUAUAAUAUUAGCAUUGGUUGGUAAUAAAUUGGAUUUGCAUGCACAGCGUACUGUGUCGCGUGAUGAAGCUUAUCUGUUUGCCUCAUCGAUUGGCGCAAGUUAUUUUGAAACAUCAGCUGAAGUUGAUCAAGGUCUGGAACAAGUUUUUCAAACGAUAGCCUUAGGAUUUGUACGACUAAUGAAAGAGGGUAAAAGUCGGUCUUUACGUCAAUUCGAUUCAUGCGACUCCAUCACAGCAUACACGAAUAACAAUACUGCCUUCAGUUAUAGUUCAGCGGCUAUGACUAACGGCAAUGGCAGUUUUCAAUUAUCUGCUAUACCAGUGGGCAUACCAGUUGAGGGUGAAAAUGUUAAGAUUAGUGGUGUUGGAAGACAAGAAACUCCUUCUUGGAGUAUUGAACAUAUAGCGUUAGGUGAGGUGGAACCCACGGGUAGUUGCUGUUAUUAGGCUAGAAACAAAAAUAAUUUAAAUUAGCACGCUAACUAUUAGAAAAUGUGAUUUUUGUUUCGUAUUAAAACACGAAUUUAUAUUUUUUACUCUAGCUUUUAGCUUAUCGAAAAAUGUAAAGCAAUCUUAAAUUUAAGUUUAUAUUUUAAAGUAGGUGACAUGGAGGAUAUGUUUAGUGAGAUGAACUUUAAAUAUAAUUUUAAAGCGAAUAUUGACAUUACCAUGAUUGUAAUAGUUAUAACUUCUGAAUAUUGUAAUGUAUAUAAAAGAUAUUUAUUAAUUUUUUAUAUUAUAUUUUC